GCCGGGGAGGGUCAAUGCAGCACAAUGCCAGCUCUGCCCCUGGACCAACUCCAGAUCACCCACAAGGACCUGAAGACAGGGAAGCUGAGGACUUCACCAGCGCUGACCUGGAAGUGGGUUGUCUUCGACGAGACCCUGCAGAAGUGCCUGGACUCCUACCUACACUUUGUCUCCCGAAAGUUCGACCAGUGGGCGGCCCCAGCCCCUGAGGUCAUUGACAUGGAGAAGUGCCUCCACCGAAGUGUUUUUCUCGCCUUCCUUCGCAUGUCCACUCACAAGGAAUCCAAAGAUCACUUCAUUUCCCCCUCUGCUUUUGGAGAAAUCCUCUACAACAACUUCCAGUUUGACAUCCCAAAGAUCCUGGACCUCUGCGUGCUCUUUGGAAAAGGCAACUCCCGGCUGCUGCAGAAGAUGAUAGGAAACAUCUUUAUCCAACAGCCAAGUUACUAUAAUGACCUGGAUGAAACCAUGCCCACCAUCCUUCAGGUCUUCAGCAACAUCCUCCAGCACUGUGGUUUGCAAGGGGACGGGGCCUGCGCCACACCCCAGAAGCUUGAGGAGAGGGCCCGGCUGACCCCCAGCGACAUGCCUCUCCUGGAAUUAAAGGACAUCGUUCUCUACCUUUGUGAUACCUGCACCACACUCUGGGCCUUUCCGGAUAUCUUCCCUUUGGCUUGCCCAACCUUCCAGAAACACGACUUCUGUUACAGGCUAGCUUCCUUUUAUGAAAUAGCAAUUCCCGAACUGGAGUCUGCAAUUAAGAAGAGGAGGCUUGAAGACAGCAAGCUGCUAGGUGACCUGUGGCAGAGGCUCUCUCAUUCCAGGAAGAAGCUACUGGAGAUUUUUCAUAUCCUCCUGAACCAGAUCUGCCUUCUCCCAGUCCUAGAAAGCAGCUGUGACAACAUUCAGGGCUUCGUUGAAGAGUUCCUUCAGAUCUUCAGCUCCUUGCUGCAGGAGAAGAGGUCUCUCCGGAACUACGAUGUGCUCUUCCCUGUGGCCGAUGACGUCAGCCUGUUGCAGCAGGCCUCGUCAGCCUUGGACGAGACUCGGACCGCCUACAUCCUCCAGGCAGUCGAGAGUGCAUGGGAAGGGGUGGACCGAAGGAAAGCCACUGAUGCCAAAGACCCACCGGUGGCUGAGCAUCCUAACGGGGUCAUGGAGGUGGCGGAGGCGGUCAGCAGACCGUCUUCACUUCCCCAGAACUCGGAGGAAGAGGAGUGCCUGGGGGCAGCGGCUGCUCCAGGCCCCGCCAUGUGCGGCGUGGAGCUGGACUCACUCAUCUCCCAGGUGAAGGACCUGCUGCCAGACCUUGGCGAGGGCUUCAUCCUGGCCUGCCUGGAGCACUACAGCUAUGACCCGGAGCAGGUGAUCAACAACAUCCUGGAGGGGCGGCUGGCCCCUGCCCUCGGCCAGCUGGACCGCGGCCUAGACAGACAGGUGAAGCCAGACCCGACGCCCCUGCUGACGUCUCGUCACAACAUCUUCCAGAAUGUUGAGUUUGACAUGCUCAGCAGGGACUCGGUGGACCUGAGCCGGGUACACAAGGGCAGGAGGAAGGAGGAAAGCGCACAGAGCCUGCUGAACGACAAGCGGGGGGUGGUGGUGCAGCGGCGGCGCUACGAGCAGUACAGCGUGGUGGUGGAGGAGGUGCCAAUGCAGCCAGGGGAGGACUCGCCUUACGACUGCGAGGAUGAGUAUGAUCCCACAUAUGAUGGCAGCCAGGUGGGCGCCAACGAUGCAGACUCAGGUGAUGAUCUCCUCAGCUGCAGGCCCUUCACCAUCCCUCAGGCGCUGAGAACCAAAGUGCCCAGAGAAGGGCAGGAGGAGGACGAGGAGGAGGAGGAGGAGGCUGAGGACGAGGCCCCCAAGCCCGACCAUUUUGGGCGGGACCCUGUAGCGCUGCGGGGAAAAGCAGAAGCCAGGCGCAUGGCCUUCCUGGCCAGGAAGGGGUACCGGCAUGACAGCUCAACGGCAGUGGCUGGCAGCCCCCGGGGCCACGGGCAGAGCCGAGAGACAACACAGGAACGCAGGAAGAAGGAAGCCCACACCACACGAGCCAACCACAACCGGAGAACCGUGGCUGACCGCAAAAGAAGCAAAGGCAUGAUUCCAUCCUGA